UGAGUUUUCACAGAUAGUUAGAUGCAAUGAGAGAACGCUGAAAACUCGUAGGGAGGUGGCAAAACUUUAAAUUAGUUUUAUAAAAUGAGUAUUUAGAAAAUUAUUUCGAAGUGUGAUGUUAAAGUUCACAGUAAAGUGUGAUUAUAAUUUGAAAAAUUAUUAAAGCCUCGUAUUAAUUAUUUAUUCUAUACACGAAACUAAGCUUUACAAUAUUUUUUAUUUCUGAGCCGGGAAAUAGGCCCACACUUAUUAUAUUCUCUAGUCAGCAGUCGUAUAUUUGGAUAGAAUCUAGCAGUAGAACUGUCUCGUCAGUGGUAUUAUCAUGGCAAAAAAGGCUACAGGUACAAGCCUUUUUUCUUAUGACACUUUAGUUCAUGCUAUUUCUGGUGCAGCGGGCAGUGUCACGGCCAUGACAGUAUUCUUCCCACUAGAUACAGUACGUUCUAGACUACAAGUGGAAGACAGCAGAGAGUCUAAGAAUACCUUUGCUAUGAUAGAAGAAUUCAUCAGAGAGGAGGGACUAGAAAGCUUGUACAGGGGCCUAGGACCUGUUUUAACCAGUUUGUGUGCAUCUAACUUUGUGUAUUUCUACACCUUUCAUGGAUUGAGAGCUGUAUACAGAGGAAAACAAGAACAUAGUCCUCUAAGUGAUCUGGCUUUAGCCUCACUGGCAGGUGCAGUGAAUGUUAUUGUAACAACUCCACUCUGGGUUGUUAACACUCGCCUGAAGAUGCAAGGUGUGAAGCUACGAGCUGGAGAUUCAUUGAGACUGAGGAAAACUCAACGUUAUAAUGGGAUUUUAGAUGGCUUGCUAAAGAUUUGCAAAGAAGAAGGAGUGGGAGAACUUUGGAGUGGAACAUUGCCUUCUCUGAUGUUGAUCAUUAACCCAGCAGUUCAGUUUAUGGUAUAUGAAGGAUUAAAACGUGAAUUUUUACACUCGCAAGAUACUAAGAAUCUAAGUAGCACCACCAUAUUCUUGAUUGGUGCCAUAGCCAAGAGCAUCUCCACAGUCUUAACCUAUCCUCUUCAAAUAGUUCAAUCAAAACUAAGGUAUGGUUCAAGCACUAUGAGACAACAGAGUUUUUUUCAACUGCUUAUGAGUAUUGUCAGGUCAAAAGGAAUAAGAGGAGUUUAUAAAGGAUUGGAAGCCAAGUUGUUUCAAACUGUUCUUACUGCUGCACUGAUGUUUGUAUGCUAUGAAAAAAUUGCAGUUUUUGUGUUUUAUCUCUUGAAAGGACCUGUUAAAAAUCACCAGUAAAAUAAAGCCAGUCAUAGUAGCUGUACUGUUACUGUUAGAGUCCUGGCUUGGAGUGUGGCCUUGCCACAUGCAUCUUUCUGUAUACGAGUUGGCAUUGAAUGUCAGUUAUGUAAUUUUUAAUACCAUAAAACUUGAGGAUUUAGGAGGUUUUCAGGCUUCUACAGAGUUUAUUUAUUUCUUAACUCUUUUUGUUGUGGUGUACACUCAUAUUUCAUGGCAAUAUAGUGUAUAUUAUGAAAUAUUUCUGUAAAAAAAGACUUGUGGGUUGAACUUUGUCUCAGUUCACAUCCAUUUGAUUGUAGCUGAAUUUGUUCCAUCCUAGACUGUAUUAGGAAUUAAUUAGGACACCCAUCAAAUUUGUUUUUAAAAGGCAACAGUAGUUACAUACUUGAACUAGAUGCAGCACAUACACAAAAUGGUACAAGUACUGUUACUUGUAAUGAAAUAACUGUAUAAUCAUAAAUACUUAUGAGAAACUUAGUCUUCAAGAAGAUUGUAUGUAGCAAUUUGUCUUAUUUCUCUAGCAUGGUUUACCUACAGUACCAUACUUCACAGUUGAUUCUAAACUAUGGAGAUUAUACAAUUUGUCUUAAUUCUCUAGCACGGUUUACCUACAGUACCAUACUUCACAGUUGAUUCUAAACUAUGGAGACUAUACAAUUUGUCUUAAUUCUCUAGCACGGUUUACCUACAGUACCAUACUUCACAGUUGAUUCUAAACUAUGGAGACUAUACAAUUUGUCUUAUUUCUCUAGCACGAUUUACCUACAGUACCAUACUUCACAGUUGAUUCUAAACUAUGCAGAUUAUACAAUUUGUCUUAAUUCUCUAGCACGGUUUACCUACAGUACCAUACUUCACAGUUGAUUCUAAACUAUGGAGACUAAAUAUUGUCAACAACACAAAAUAAGUACUUUUAACACGCAUCUCAAAUUGAAGAUAUUGUAUAAUUACAAGUUUGUCUUUUGAAUCUUUCAUAUGGCAGUAUAGGGUUUGUAUCUUGUUAUUCACGAUCUUAUACUAAUUACCUUGCAGCAUUGCCAGUUUCAAGAGCUAAUGUUAGAGAAUUUUAAUACAUUACAUCUUCUACUUUAGGAAAUCACUAUGACUGAUUAUUUGAUCCUGGCAGAAGUCAGGAAUGUCAUCUUUGUCAGGUUAACUUAAAGAGCUAUCUAUGCAUUUGCAUUGCUGCAGAAACUUGCUUUUGAAAUCCCACUUUCCUCAGUGUUGUAAGACAUGUUUAAGGUACAGUACAUUGAUAACUUAUACAACUUCUCAUUCUCUGAAUUGAGUUUCACUUCUUUCACUCCAAUGAGUUCUGUAAUUUCUACAAAACAAAAAAUUUCCCAAUGCCAUCUUCAGAAUACUGAACAUCAUCUUUUUUCUUUGCUAACUACUCAUCAACCUAUCUUUCCUUUUCCUGAGGCUGUUUUUCAUCCUUGCCAUCAACUUCUACCAUUACAUCCUGUUCCUUUACACAAUUUUCUGGCUGAAACUUCAAUCCCUUUUUUUUUGUUUCUGUCUCUUUGUUUCAGAAUAGUGUAUACACUAAAGAUAAUUUGCAAGUUCUGGUUCAGUUGUAGUUGUACCAGGUCCACCUGUUGCAGGUAAAUAACCAAUGACUUACUGUGGGUCUUGGUAUACACUUUUUCUGGUUCAGUUAUAGCUGUACCAGGUCCAUCUGUUGCAGGUAAAUAACCAAUGACUUACUGUGGGUCUUGGUAUACACUUUUUCUGGUUCAGUUGUAGUUGUACCAGGUCCACCUGUUGCAGGUAAAUAGCCAAUGACUUACUGUGGGUCUUUGUAUACACUUUUUCUGGUUCAGUUGUAGCUGUACCAGGUCCACCUGUUGCAGGUAAAUAACCAAUGACUUACUGUGGGUGUUGGUAUACACUUUUUCUGGUUCAGUUGUAGUUGUACCAGGUCCACCUGUUGCAGGUAAAUAACCAAUGACUUACUGUGCGUCUUGGUAUACACUUUUUCAGGUUCAGUUGUAGUUAUACCAGGUCCACCUGUUGCAGGUAAAUAACCAAUGACUUACUGUAGGUCUUGGUAUACACUUUUUUCCUUGUUAAAAUUCAGCUGUUGUAUUUUAUUGGGCAUUGAAUUUCAACUUACUAGAGUUCUCUAGGGAUGUGGAAAUAGAAGUUGAACUAUGUUUUACAGUUAAUUUCCAAUUUGUGUGAAUAGUCUCCAUGCUGUCUUAAUUUGGCUUAAGAAGGCAAUGUCAAAUGAUUGACAGAAGUUAAACCAUUUUGAUGUUACUAUUCACCCAAAGUUGUAUCAUGUGGUGAGAUAGCUAGAAAGGUUUUUCACUAGUAACUACUGUGUGUUCAGUUUUCUGAUGACAGUAUGGUAUAGUGAUAGAUUCAACCCAGUGUUUAAAUAUAGGAACAGCCAUCUUGAGUUUCUAUGACUGAUUGAACAUAGAAUUGGUAUGACCACUACUGACACAAAUUAUUAUAGAGGUAAAUGGUUUUAUACAUAUCAUACAGGAAGGAAUAUAUAACCACUAGUUAUUGCAGCAUAUAUAAGCAUGGUUGCAAUGAUAUAGUUAAAUUCAUAUGAAGAAAGACCCUCAUAUUCCUAUUCAACAGCCAUUAUGUUUUUAGAAUCUGGUUUCAUUGGUUUGGGUGUUGUGUGUCAGUACCUGCUUUUAUUCAUUUUUUCCAAUUGAGUGUAGCAUCUUGGCAGAACAUACCACUGAUUAUAAUGCUGAACCACUCUUUUUCUCAGUGUAAUAUACUUAGGGUUUCACAGUGGUUCAUAAGUAUUUUCAAAGUACAAUACUGUCUGAAUUCACCUCAGCUGUAAAAUUAAAAAGUGGGCAAUUUACUAAAAAAUUAUUCUUUAAACAACAUCCUUCAAAUUAUAGGACAAAUGUAGGACUAAAAUAUUUAUUUUCAUCUUUGAGGCAGGAUUACUGAAAUUUUGAAUAGCUUUUCAAAAGAUUACUGAAAAACAGUUUUACAAAAAAAGUCUUUAUUCAGAAAAUUGUAGUAACAUCAAGUGAAUUAUACAAAUGACAGUGAACACUUCUUAAGUGUACAAAUACCAUACAGGCUCAUUCUUAUUUAACAUUUUUAAGCAUACGUCUUAUGAUACAGUGUAUUCUCAGGUGACAGUUCCAUUUCUUCUGUUUUAUGGCACUUGCAAAUAGCCAAAAUCUCUGAAUCCUAACUUUCAGUUAUCAGUAUUGCUGUAAAAAACGUCAUAUUUCUACAUUUACCAUUUUGUUUUAUCAGUACUUGACUAUUUGUAUAAGUUAAAAAUUUAUGGUGGGUUAAGUGUUGAGAAUCUUUUCCAUUUAUUAUGGCUAGAAUUGAUAAGCUGUUGUUGCUAGUUCAAGAAAUUCCAUUUGAGUGAUUAUUCAAACUCUUGCUGUGAUUUUUCUUGAUUCUGUAGAAUAUUAAACCUGACUCAUUUGUGUUUUCUAAGUAAUUAGCAAAAAUUAUAUGAUUUUAAUUUUGUUUUGUCAAAUAUCUGUUCUAGCUCUUGCAUAAUGCGGCUAUCUAAAUAAGUAAGCCUAUUUUAGUGAUAUAAUUGCAAAUAAUUGUCAAUUUGUGUAUUAUAAAAAAAACAGAUAUUAAAGCCAAGACUGUUAUAAGAUAACAAGUCACACACAGUUAUGUAUGUUAUAUGUAAAAGUGGUUUGCAAAGGUGAAUAAAUUAUACUGUCCUAAUGUAGUGUUUUUGCAGUUAACAUGUUGGGUUUACUCAUUAUAGUUCAUAGUAUGGUUUCUGCCUGUGUGACAAGUACUUGUAGAAACAUAUUCAGAAGUUAAAAUUGGUGAAAAUCUGAGUGUCAGAGAUGCCAACAGUUGUAAUAAGCCUCUGUGUGGCUCAUGAUGGGUUCUCUGUGAUUUUUUGAGGUUAGAUAUUUCACCACUGAUGUCUAACUUUAGUACAACCGAAACAAUUAGGAAUUGAUGCUUCAUAAAAAGCAUGGUAUUAUUUCCUGUUUUCUCCAUUGUGGUUGGUUGUCUGUAAAUUAGAUUUUGGUAUUUCUUUUCUGCUACAACAUUCCAAGUUCACUCUCAACUUGUUGGUCAGUUCUUCAGUACAUAGUAAAAUUCUUGACCUUAAACUGUAUAAAAUAUGCUGUUUUCAAUUAAAUGUUCUUGUAGUAGUUUAAAGAAUAUUUUAUGACACUGAUUUUACCAAGACCAGCAUGAUUUUAUAAUCAAAUGUAGAGAUAAGUUUACACUGUUAUUCAGUGAAACUUGUAGCAAUGAAAAAUGUAAAUUUUUUUAAAUAUAUAUUUAGUAGUAUGUUGUUGAUUCUACGUUUAUACUUAACAUGGACUAACAAGUUUGUUUCUUUAGAAGAAUUUUAAAAAAGUUCUUUAGUGUACCUGAAAAGUAGGCAGACUUGUGUGUUGUUUGUCGUUAUAUAUCAAUAAAUUCACCUGAUAGAUUUUUUUCAGGAAAGUACAUAUUAGUCUUAUUACUGAAAAUAUUUCUGUUGAUGAAUUAUAUUCUGCUUAGCUGCUUUGUUUUUACAUAAGGAAAUUAUUAGGUUUGAUUUAUUUGAGAAAUUGACAUAAUUUUUUAUUCUUCUAAACCCUUUGUUAAAUGAAAUUAAUGAACUCUAGUUAGUGAUGGUUAAAUCUAUAGUACAACUUCUUCAAGCCAUAGCUCUUGAGAUUUCUGGACUAAGUAAUUACCACCCAUACCAGUUUUGAAGGCACUUGAUUUAAAAUUGCAACAAAUGUAGAUAGUUUUGCUUAUUUGUAAAGUGUCAUUUAAGAAUUAUUGAAGUUAGUAAAUGACAUCAGAAUAGUACCAAUAAACUUUUAGUACUGUUUGUUUAUUCUUGAACUACUAGUAUUUGUGAUUGAAUCUGUGACAACUGUAUACAGUGACUAACCUGUUUAUGGCUGACAACCUGUAUGUGAAUCUUUGUAAAAGCUUGAACUAACCUUGGUAGAAUGUGAGAUAUAUGUCUAGUGUCCUAUAUGUAGGAUGCAUCAAUUACCAUAAAAUUUAUAGUGAUGUUUAAUUUUUCUUUACUUAGUCCUACUUACAUAAAUUUCAAAAUAUUUCAUUAACCCAGUAGCUAGAACCACUUUAGACAUAAAAAGGUUAUUGUGUUAGUUGUGUGAUAUAUCAAGUAAAAUUUCUGCAAGCUAAUGCAGAGGCAUGCUUCAGGUUGGUAGAAAGUUUUAAAAGGAUUUUCCUGAAUGGUGAAAACAAAACAGAAGAACAUUGAAACUUAUUAUUCAAUAAAUAAUCUAAAACACUUCUUAUUAAUAAUAAUUCUCAUGAAUGUGAGCAGUAUUAACAAAAAUGAAAAAGUCAGUGAAGCUCAAACCAUUUAGGUAGUAAUAAUACUCAGCAGGAUAUAAUGAUGACAGGGUUUUUAUGUUAAUUUUUUCUGUAGUGUUUUCAAACGUGACUUACUUCACAUAAUUAAAAAUAAUUAUUUUCUUACAAAGUUUCGUAUCAUAUUUUCUUAGUUAUUUAAUGAAGCAUUUAAAAAUUCAAAAUCAACUUGUAAUCACACAGCAGAAGAUGGAGCUUGGAAAUAACUAAAUGUGAUUUAAUGUAAUUGUAUAUGAAAAUAGAGAGAUUUAAAUUGAUUAAUUCUUAAAUAACAUAAAGCCUAAAUUAUUAUUUUUAGAAAGUUGUGCUUUGACGUCCAUCACAAAUAGAUGUUUUGGUUUUUUUUUAUCAAGUUUUGGUUUGAAAACUUACUUUAGAUAUAUAGUGAAUCUGUGAUCUUGGUUAAAUAUCGAACAAUAGCCUUUUGUUGAUCUUACUCUUGUUUUCAACAGACACAGGUGCACAAGUUAUAAUUUUAUGUUUUAGCUUUUGCAUUGGUUUUUGUAUAUGUACAAAUGUUUUAUUAUUAUAGAUAACAUUUCUUGUAUUGACUCUUGUUGUGAACAUGUAAUGAUUAAUUUUUGUAGUUUCCUUCUAUUAUCACUAAAAUGUGAGUACAUUUUUCUUGUUCAGAAGGAGUUAUCAAGAUUUGUAGGAUGCAUUGUUGAAUGAUGUUAAUUAUCAGACAUACUGUAUAAUAUAUAUCUGUAUACAGAUGUGUAGUAGCAGAAAAACCAGUCACAAGUGAGUUUGUGAAUUUGAGAUUCAAGUGUGCAACUAAUAAGUCAGAAGAUGUGUUUACAAAAAUUUUCCUCCAGCACUUUCUGUCUGUGAGUAGGUUUUUUAGUCUUGCACCUUUUGACUAGUAAAUGUGUGUUAUUCUCACGUGCAACAACAAUGAAUUGUUUCUUCAUAUUACAGUAGUUAAUAAAACAUUCUCGUAAAUGAUGUAAAAUGCUUUUACAAAUAUAUUAAUACCUAAUAAAGGCAUUAUGAAGAAAA